GUUUCUCCGAUUUCAUUUGUUUAUGCGCACGCGCAUUAAGUACUUGAUGUUAGCUGUCAUGAAGGGCGUUUGCGUUAGUGAACUAAUGAACAAGUGAAAAAGUAUUAUUUAUGAAAAUAUACCGGUUUUAUUAAUAAGAGUGGUUGUGUAUAACUAUUAUUGUUUUAAAUAUCAGAUAGCCAGCUUUGCUGGUUUAUAAAGGAAGAUGACGACGGACAUCAGUAUAGUAAGGUGGGAUCCCACCUUACAGCAAGAGAUAGUCGAAGAUUACGAAUACGAUGGAGGAAAUUCGUCAUCGAGGCUUUUCGAAAGGUCGAGGAUCAAAGCCUUGGCUGACGAGAGAGAAAGCGUCCAAAAGAAGACUUUCCAAAAAUGGGUGAACUCGCAUUUGGUCCGAGUAAACGCUCGAAUAUCGGACCUCUACAUCGACAUGAGGGACGGCAAAAAUCUAAUCAAACUCCUAGAAGUAUUGUCCGGCGAGCGCUUGCCCAGACCCACGAAAGGAAAAAUGCGCAUCCACUGCCUAGAAAACGUAGACAAAGCAUUACAGUUCCUCCGAGAACAGCGUGUUCAUUUAGAAAAUAUGGGUUCCCACGAUAUAGUAGACGGAAAUCCCCGCUUGUCUUUAGGUCUAAUCUGGACCAUCAUCCUUCGCUUCCAAAUUCAAGACAUCACAAUAGAGGAAACCGAUAACCAAGAAACCAAAUCAGCUAAGGACGCCCUUCUCCUUUGGUGUCAAAUGAAGACCGCCGGUUACCACAACGUUAACGUCAGGAAUUUUACCACUUCAUGGCGAGACGGUCUAGCCUUCAACGCUCUCAUUCACAAACAUCGUCCCGACUUAAUUCAUUUCGACAAACUGUCCAAAUCUAAUCCCAUCCAUAAUUUGAACAACGCUUUCAACGUAGCCGAAGACAAACUAGGACUAACCAAACUCUUAGACGCCGAAGAUGUCUUCGUAGAGCAACCGGACGAAAAAUCAAUCAUCACAUACGUAGUCACUUAUUACCACUAUUUCAGCAAAAUGAAGCAAGAGACCGUACAAGGCAAACGUAUCGGCAAAGUGGUCGGCAUCGCCAUGGAAAACGAACGAAUGAUCAAAGAAUACGAAUCGCUAACCAGCGAUCUACUGGCUUGGAUCGAAGCCACCAUAGUAGCUUUAGGUGAUAGAAAAUUCGCUAACAGCCUUGCUGGCGUUCAAGCUCAACUCGGCCAAUUUAAUAAUUAUAGAAUCGUAGAAAAACCACCGAAAUUCGUCGAAAAAGGAAACCUAGAAAUUCUCCUAUUCACCUUGCAAUCAAAAAUGCGAGCAAACAACCAGCGGCCAUACACCCCCAAAGAGGGUAAAAUGAUAUCGGACAUAAACAGAGCUUGGGAACGACUUGAAAAGUCAGAACACGAACGUGAAUUGGCACUCAGAGAAGAAUUGAUCCGUCAAGAAAAACUAGAACAACUAGCGGCCAGAUUCAACAGAAAAGCCAGUAUGAGAGAGACUUGGUUGAGCGAAAACCAAAGGCUCGUUUCCCAAGAUAAUUUCGGUCAAGAUUUGGCAGCAGUCGAAGCAGCAGCCAAAAAGCACGAGGCCAUCGAAACCGAUAUCUUCGCUUACGAAGAGCGCGUACAAGCCGUCGUGUCCGUUGCCGGCGAAUUGGAAGCUGAAAACUAUCACGACAUGGAAAGGAUUAACGCUAGAAAAGACAACGUCCUCAGACUAUGGAAUUACUUACUGGAAUUGCUUAAAGCACGUAGAAACCGUCUAGAUAUCUCACUUCAAUUACAACAAAACUUCCAAGAAAUGUUACACAUUCUAGAUGCCAUGGAGGAAUUGAAACAACGUCUUCUAACAGACGACUAUGGUAAACAUCUGAUGGGGGUUGAAGAUCUGCUUCAGAAACACAAUCUACUCGAAGCCGACAUCAACAUCCUUGGUGACAGAGUCAAAGCUGUUGCCAGCCAGUCGCAAAGAUUCGUCGAUAUCGAAAACGAAGAGGGAUACAGACCGUGCGAUCCGGCGCUCGUUCUGGAAAGAGUCCAACAACUGGAAGAAGCUUACGCUCAAUUAGUAAGACUCGCUGUUGACAGAAGAACGAGACUCGAAGAAAGCAAGAAACUUUGGCAAUUCUAUUGGGAUAUGGCUGAUGAGGAUAAUUGGAUCAAAGAAAAGGAACAAAUCGUUUCUACCAGUGACAUCGGGCAUGAUCUUACUACAGUCAAUUUAUUAUUGAGCAAACAUAAGAUUCUAGAGAACGAAUUAGCUGCUCACGAAUCGCAACUUGAAUCAGCGCUCGGUGUUGGUGAAGAACUCAUCAGCGGAGGACAUUUCGGUGCCGAGAAGAUCCAAGAAAGGUUAAACGAAAUCCGUGGUGCGUGGAAACAUCUUCUAGACUUAGCAGCUUACCGUAGAAAACGUCUAGAAGAAGCCGUCGACUACCAUCAACUAUUCGCUGACGCUGAUGAUGUCGAUAUUUGGAUGCUGGAUACUUUGAGAUUGGUUUCAAGUGAAGAUGUAGGUCAGAAUGAAGGAAACGCACAAUCCCUGCUCAAGAAACACAAAGAUGUCACUGAAGAACUCAAAAAUUACGUAAGCGUUAUCGACUCGCUUCACCAACAAGCUGAAGCUUUAGGUCCAGAAGUAUCGAACUCCCCCGAGGUGUCUCAAAGACUCGCUUCUAUUGAUAACCGUUAUAAAGAAUUAUUGGAAUUGGCUAAACUCAGGAAACAACGCUUGCUUGACGCGCUUUCCCUAUACAAACUCCUAUCGGAAAGUGACGGUGUUGAACAAUGGAUCAACGAGAAAGACCGCAUGCUGCAGACUAUGAUACCAGCCAGAGAUAUCGAAGAUGUGGAAAUCAUGAAGCACCGUUACGACGGAUUCGAGAAGGAGAUGAACGCAAACGCUUCCCGCGUAGCUGUAGUUAACCAAUUAGCACGCCAAUUACUGCACGUCGAACAUCCUAAUUCCGAAGAAAUCACUGCCAGGCAAAACCACCUUAACCAACAAUGGGCGGAGCUCCGAGAAAAAGCAGAGGCUAAGAAGGAAGAGCUCAACUCCGCCCAUGGUGUUCAAACAUUCCAUAUUGAAUGUCGUGAAACCACGACUUGGAUCGAAGAUAAGAUUAGAAUUCUACAAACUACAGAUAGUUUGGAAAUGGAUCUCACAGGUAUCAUGACUCUACAACGUCGCCUUUCUGGUAUGGAGAGAGAUUUGGCAGCUAUUCAAGCCAAACUCACCGCUCUUCAGAAAGAAGCCGACGCUAUCGAAGCAGAACAUCCCGAAGAAGCUGCCGUUAUCAGAGAACGUAUCACUCAAAUCCAGUUAAUCUGGGAACGAUUGACUCAGAUGCUGAAAGAACGCGAUUCAAAACUCGAAGAAGCUGGCGACCUUCACAGAUUCCUCCGCGACUUGGACCACUUCCAAGCGUGGCUCAGCAAGACCCAAACAGACAUCGCUUCCGAAGAUACCCCUAGUUCUUUAUCCGAAGCAGAAAAACUUUUAUCUCAACACCAGGCCAUCAGAGAAGAAAUUGAUAAUUAUACACCUGAUUACACUAAGAUGAUGGAAUACGGCGAGAGAAUUACCGCUGAACCUAGUACUCAAGAUGAUCCUCAGUACAUGUUCUUGAGGGAACGUCUAAAGGCUUUGAAAGACGGUUGGGAUGAAAUUCAUCAGAUGUGGGAGAAUAGACAACAGUUACUGUCUCAGUCUCUCAGUUUGCAGCUCCUCGAUAGGGAUGCUCGCCAGGCUGAAGUUAUUCUCAACCAACAAGAACACACUUUGGCUAAAGAUGAAAGCCCCACGACUUUGGAACAAGCCGAGAAUUUACUCAAACGACACGAAGCCUUCCUCGCUACCAUGGAAGCAAAUGAUGAUAAAAUCAAUGGUGUCGUUGAAUUCUCUCGUCGUCUUUCGGAUGAAGGUCACUUCGCUACAGACAAAAUCGCCAAACGUGCAGACAAUAUUGACGAGCGAAGAAUGGCGAAUAGAGAAAAGGCUCAGUCUCUAUUGGAACGACUUAGAGAUCAAUUGGAAUUGCAUCAAUUCCUGAGAGAUUGCGACGAGUUGGGAGAAUGGAUCCAAGAAAAGCACAUCACGGCUCAAGACGAAACAUACAGGUCAGCCAAGACCGUUCACUCCAAAUGGACCAGACAUCAAGCAUUCGAAGCCGAAAUUGCAGCCAACAAAGAACGUCUGCACAACUUACAGAAGGCUGCAGAGGAAUUGGCUAAAGAAAAGCCCGAGUACGCUAGUCAUAUUCAGCCGAAGAUCGAAGACAUGACGGAUCAGUUUGAUGUAUUGGAGCAGACGACGAAAGAAAAGGGCGAACGUCUAUUUGAUGCCAACCGUGAAGUGCUCAUCCACCAGACUUGCGAUGAUAUCGAUUCUUGGAUGUCUGAACUCGAGAAACAAAUCGAAAGCGACGAUACUGGAUCCGAUCUUGCGUCUGUCAACAUUCUUAUGCAGAAACAACAGAUGAUCGAAACUCAAAUGGCGGUGAAAGCCCACCAAGUUGGAGAGUUAGAGAAGCAAACAAAGCAUUUGGAGACCGCCGCUCCCGAAAAGGAUAUGGGUGAAAUCAAACACAAGAAGACGAAGGUAGAACAACGAUUUGAAAAACUCAAACAGCCUCUCUUAGAAAGACAGAGAAUUUUAGAAAAGAAGAAGGAAGCCUUACAGUUCAGAAGAGACGUCGAAGAGGAACUAUUGUGGAUUGAUGAGAAAAUGCCCCAGGCAUUGUCCACGGAAUACGGAAAUACACUCUUCCAGGUCCAUAUGUUAGAAAAGAAGACACAAUCUUUACAAACGGAAGUAGAUAAUCACGAACCUAGAAUUAAUACAGUAUGCAAUAAUGGUCAGAAACUCAUCGAUGAAGGUCAUGAAGAUGCAGGCGAAUUCGGUAGAUUGAUCAACGAGCUUCACAAAGCCUGGCAAGAACUGAAAGACGCUAUCGAAAAACGUCGCGAAAACUUACUAAGAACCGAAAGAGCGCAGCAAUACCUCUUCGACGCAAAUGAAGCCGAGAGCUGGAUGAGCGAACAGGAACUGUACAUGAUGGUGGAGGACAGAGGAAAAGACGAAACAUCAGCGCGCAAUUGCAUGAAGAAACACGAAAGCCUAGAAGCCGCCGUAGAAGAUUAUGCCGACACCAUCAGAACAUUAGGAGAAACUGUUAGAGCGCUAGCAGCCGAAGGCCACCCGUUGGCCGAACAAGUUGCCGUUAAACAAUCUCAAUUAGACAAAUUGUAUGCCGGUCUUAAAGAUCUGGCUGGAGAAAGGCGAGCCAAGUUAGACGAAGCUCUGCAACUCUUCCUUUUGAAUAGAGACGUCCAGGAUCUAGAACAAUGGAUCGCUGAUAGAGAAGUUGUAGCGUCCUCGCAUGAAUUAGGUCAAGACUACGACCACGUCACCCUCCUUUGGGAACGGUUUAAGGAAUUCGCUCACGAUACGGAAGCGAUAGGAAGCGAAAGAGUCGCAGCUGUUAACGAUAUAGCCGAUCAACUCAUCGAAGCAGGUCAUUCGGACUCGGCCACGAUAGCGGAAUGGAAGGACGGUCUCAACGAAGCCUGGCAGGAUCUGCUCGAGCUCAUCGAAACCAGAACGCAAAUGUUGGCUGCUUCUAGGGAAUUGCACAAGUUCUUCCAUGAUUGUAAGGAUGUUCUGAGUAGAAUAGUGGAAAAACAGGUAUCCAUGUCGGAUGAGUUAGGUAGAGAUGCAGGUGCCGUGAGCGCCUUACAACGCAAACACCAGAACUUCCUUCAAGACUUACAGACCCUACAGUCUCAGGUACAACAAAUUCAAGAAGAAUCCGCAAAAUUACAAGCCAGCUACGCCGGCGACAGAGCUAAAGAAAUCACGAAUAGAGAACAGGAAGUUGUGGCGGCCUGGGCGGCCUUACAAAUCGCCUGCGAUCAAAGACAUAGCAAACUAGGCGAUACCGGAGAUCUUUUCAAAUUCUUCAACUUGGUGAGGACGUUGAUGCAAUGGAUGGACGAAUGGACCAGGCAAAUGAAUACCAGCGAGAAACCUAGAGACGUCAGCGGUGUUGAACUGCUCAUGAACAAUCACCAGACGCUUAAAGCCGAAAUUGAAGCUAGGGAAGAUAACUUUACUGCUUGCAUAUCGCUCGGAAAGGAGUUAUUGAAUCGAAAUCACUACGCUAGCACUGAAAUUAAGGAUAAAUUGGUCACGUUAACGAAUCACAGGAAUGCUGUGCUGCAAAGGUGGGAGGAGAGAUGGGAGAACUUGCAACUCAUCCUCGAAGUAUACCAAUUCGCCAGAGAUGCCGCCGUCGCGGAAGCAUGGUUGAUAGCGCAAGAGCCAUAUUUGAUGAGUCAAGAAUUAGGUCACACCAUCGAUGAUGUAGAAAAUCUAAUAAAGAAACACGAGGCGUUCGAAAAAUCGGCUGCGGCGCAAGAGGAGAGAUUUAGCGCUUUGGAAAGGUUGACAACGUUCGAAUUAAGAGAAAUCAAGAGGCGACAGGAAGCGGCUCAAGCCGAAGAACGCGCUAGGAGAGAAAAAGAAGAAGCGGAGAGACUGGCGGCGAUCGCCGCUUCGCAACCCAAAGAAAUUGAAAUGGUGACGGCUGACAGACCUGAUGCCGGUUCGCCCGCUGCCGAAGAACGACCCGUGCAUGGAGGACGUCAAGCCAGACCAAUGACAUUGCCCAGUACGUCGGCACAAAGUUCCCCCACCCCUGUUACUCCUCGCUCACAGACCCUGUCGAGAAGUGAAGAAAAAGCCAAACGCAAAGAUCGCUCUCGCAGCAAAUCUCCGUUCAGGAGUUUCCGAUGGAAAAAGAGCUCUAAAGCCUCCGGAACUCAUAGCGAUGAGGAAGGUAUGAGCACGCCCUCAUCUCCAUUACAAGAUCCAGGCAGCGUAGGAGACUCCGAAACCUUCGAAGGUAACUUAGUGCGCAAGCACGAAUGGGAGAACACCACGACAAAGGCGGGCAACCGUUCUUGGGAUAAAGUUCAUUGCGUUAUCAGGGGUUCCCAGCUCGCUUUCUACAAAGACGCCAAAACUGCCAAGUCGACGCCCGACCAGAGGUUCAAGGGAGAGCCGGUGCUGUCGCUUAGAAAGGCCGUCGCAAACGUCGCCCAAGAUUACAAGAAAAAGAAGCACGUGUUUAGGCUGAAAUUGGAAAGCGGUGGUGAAUUCCUCUUCCAAGCACAGAACGAUUCAGAAAUGAACACAUGGAUUUCAACAAUUAAUUCUCACGCAGACACCGAAUCUGCUGGUCCUUCUCGCUCACAUACAUUACCCGCAUCUGGGCAGAAGGAGGAUUCCAAACGACGCAGCUUCUUUACUUUAAAGAAAACAUAAAUUGUUCUACUUCUAACUCUUGAUCAUACCUGUAUCUUUACGCUUUACCUGAAAGGACUGUAGUCCAGACUUCGCCCUUCUUUUUUAUAUUAGCAUAAAUAUUUAAUAUAUUUUUCUUGUAGUUUGCACAUUAUAAUUAUAUUGUAAUUUUAAAUGUAUAGUAAUAUAUAUUAUACUAUGUGAUUAAAAAUUAUUGAUUGACUGGGGCACAAGAGAAACCAUGUUGCGUUUGUGAGCCAGUGUUGUAUUAUUUAUUGAGACAAUUUGGAUAUUAUACAUAUUAAAGAAAUUUUUAAAAGUGUAAAAGUAAGUCCCUGGACGGAGAAUAGCCAUUAACGAUUAUUAACUGUUUGGCAGUUGUUUACCUGCCUUUUUCCCAAUUUUUUAUUUAUGUUGGUAUACCUAAACGUUAUUUUGUAAGUUGCAAUAUAUUAUUUAGGCUUUGCUUAGCAAAGAUCGAUUCGGUGACAAGUCAUUUAUUAUAUUUCAUUUAUAAUUUGUAGAGUUAUUUCUAUUUUACAUAAAUGAACAUGUGUGCUUUUAAAAAUGGAGUUAUAAUAAAUAUUGUUUUUAGUAUA